AUUACAUUGGUAGUUGUUUAUAAUUUGGGAAGCUUGGGUUUCAUUAAUGAAAAUUAAUGAUAACAAAAACCAAAAAUGAGUGAAAAACUAAAAGAAUUACGUGAACGAUCACAAAAACGCAAGAAAUUGCUUGCGCAAACUCUUGGUGUUUCAAGUGUGAGUGAGUUAAGGCAGGCUUUAGGAGCUACCUUAGAUGUUCCGGCGAAGAAACAAGCGGUGCCUGGAGGUGGAAAUGAAGGAGGUGACAAACCCACAGUCAAAGACCAACCUGAUGAACUGGUUUACACUGAUUCUUCUACUUUCUUGAAGGGCACACAAUCAUCAAAUCCCCACAAUGACUACUGCCAGCACUUCGUAGACACUGGUCAGAGACCGCAGAAUUUCAUCCGAGAUGUGGGGCUUGCUGACAGAUUUGAGGAGUACCCUAAACUCCGGGAGCUAAUCAAGUUGAAGGAUGACUUAAUAGCGCAGACUGCUACUCCUCCUAUGUAUUUGAAGUGUGAUUUAAAGACAUUUGACCUGAAGCAGAUGGGUAACAAGUUCGACGUGAUCCUGGUGGAACCCCCUCUGGGCUCCGGCUGGCGUUGGCAGGAUGUCCUGGCUCUGGACCUGCAACAAAUUGCUCAGGCGCGCUCGUUUAUAUUCCUGUGGUGCGGAAGCUCGGAAGGUCUUGACAUGGGUAGAGAAUGCCUCAAAAAAUGGGGUUUCCGUCGCUGCGAGGAUAUUUGUUGGAUCAAAACUAACAUUAAAAAUCCUGGACAUUCCAAGAACCUUGAGCACAAUGCGGUGUUCCAGAGGACGAAGGAACAUUGUCUGAUGGGCAUUAAGGGCACAGUUAGGCGGUCGGUGGACGGUGACUUCAUACACGCCAAUGUUGAUAUAGAUCUGAUCAUAUCUGAGGAUCCUGAGUUCGGAAGCAGUGAAAAGCCGAUUGAGAUAUUCCAUAUCAUGGAACAUUUUUGUUUAGGCAGGAGAAGAAUCCACUUAUUUGGACGCGACUCCACGAUCAGACCAGGCUGGGUCACUAUAGGCCAUGAGCUGACCAACUCAAACUUCAACGCUGAACUGUAUGCUUCAUACUUUACAGAGGGUCGAGAGAGUACUGGAUGUACUGAGAGGAUCGAGGCCCUUCGUCCUAAGAGCCCUCCCAACACUAGUAAGGGGGCGCGGCCUAGGGGCCGAGGGGGAUUUAGGGGGAGGGGUAGAGGAAGGGGAGCGCUAUAGUGCUUGGUUAGUAGGGGGUAAAACUGGUAGUAUCAUUUUGACGCUGGAAAAUGGGCGAAGAUGGUCCAUCAUCAGAAUAAGGUACACAUAAAGGGGCUUUGAUGAUGAGACUCGGAAAGAGAAUGAGUAAGAGAUGAAUGGGGUAUGUACAUACUUACUCCUUUAAGUGGGAUCGGCUCAGCAGCUGAAAUAAUACCGGCAAGUCCGGUAAGUCCGGCCAGAUUUGUUGAUCUUUUUAAACAAUCUAAGAAAGUGCAAUGUACUACAAUUUUAUCUUCGACAAAAAAAGAAUUGUUUUAUUUUUAUACUAGAUAAUGAAUAUAAGAGUUGUAUAGUGAUGAAUUUGUAUUGAAACAAAAUUGUUGUUCUGUCAAUAUCAUGAAUAUUACUUGUUGAUAUUUGUUGUCCUAGAUUUCUAAAAGUGGGAACCCUGACUGGUUAUUAUUUGGCUAAUCUCUGACAAAAGUACCAUAAUAUCAUAUGAUGAGGCUAAAGGAGUAUGUAAAGAUCUAGGUGAGGCUCUGUAGUUUUUCUGUACCGCCGCAUAUUCUAUGCCUAUACGUUCAUGGUUCGGAGUCGCGGAGAACCUAACGGGUAACCGGGGCUCCGGCUCGACGCGCAGGAGAAGGAACGGGG